AUGUCCAAGCUAGUGCCUGCGUUUUUCUUCCACACCACUCUCACAGCCAAAGAAAGGACUUAUCGGAAAAAGAAGAAGGAAAGGCCACUACUACUACUACUGCUGGGGCAACCACCACCACCACCACCACACGGAAUUGUACUACAAUAUCACGGAAGUCAUCAUCACACGAACAGUCUUCCAAAACAACAUCCACUGGCUCCGAAAACAAACUUUAGACACAUUAUUGUAUCACAAUGUCCCGAAGAGAAGGGUAUUACAAUUAUUAGGAUUAAUCGUCCUCAUGUGAAGAAUGCCGUCCAUCGUCCAUGUGCCGAUGAGUUGUUCCAAGCUUUUUAUAAUUUUGAAAAGGAUGAAACUGCCCUUGUGGCCAUUCUUUAUGGAGGAGAAGAUAUGUUUUGUUCGGGCGCUGAUUUGAAAGAAGUGGCGAAAGGAAAUAUGAAUCAAGUAGAAUCUGCAUACGAAACAUUGAAGGGUCCAAUGGGACCAACGAGAAUGGUCUUAUCUAAACCCGUUAUUGCAGCCAUUGGUAGUGGUUACUGCUGUGCUGGUGGUUUGGAACUCGCCGCGUGGUGUGAUUUACGAGUGUGCAAGAAAAAUUCAAUUUUUGGUGUGUUGUGUCGAAGAUUUGGAGUGCCUCUUAUUGAUGGAGGAACAAUUCGAUUACCAGCUCUUCUAGGCCUUUCACGAGCAAUGGACUUGAUAUUAACUGGACGUGAAAUUGAUGGUUGUGAAGCAUAUAAUAUUGGCCUUGCAAAUCGAUUAGUAUCUGAAAAUGAUAAUGUCUUGGAAGAGGCCACUAAAUUAGCCAAACAACUCUGUACCUUUCCUCAAUUGUGCAUGAGACACGAUAAAUUAUCAGCUUACGAUUCAGUGUAUAGCCCUCUUCGAGCAAAACUGCAAAAGGAAUACGGUAUGGCUAGCCCUUUUGAAUAUGGAAACACUACAAGGCGCCCGAAAAUUUUCUGA